UAUUAAUGGAUAAUCCAUUGGGCAAUCGAAACUUAUCAAAUACUUACUUAUAACAAUAAAAUUACAAACUUAUCAAACGAUUAGGAAUGGGUGCAUUUGGAGAGAUUUAUUUAGCAUAAAAUAAACAAAAAGAGGAAUUUGCUAUCAAAUUAGAAAGAACUAAUUGUCAAUAUCCAUAAAUUUUAUAUGAAGCAAAAGUAUAUUCUUUUCUUCAUUAAGAUACCUAACAAUUAGAUAAAGGUAAGAAAGUAUAUUUGAUAUAUUUAAAGGGAUUCCAAAAGUAUUUGGAGCAGCAACAGAAGGAGAUUAUAAUUAUUUAGUUAUGGAACUAUUAGGAUAAUCAAUAGAAGAUUUAUUUGCUUAAUGUCAUCGUAAAUUAUCAAUUAAAACAGUAAUCUAUAUAAAUAUUAAGGUUUGCAUGCUUGCAGAAUAAAUGGUCUCUAGAUUAGAAUUAAUGCAUUCAAGAUCAUUUAUACAUAGAGAUGUUAAACCUGAUAACUUUCUUAUGGGAAUAGGUAAGAAACAAUCUAAACUUUAUGUUGUUGAUAUGGGUUUAGCUAAAAGAUAUUUAACUAAAGAUGGACAUAUUCCAUUUAAAGAUAAUAAACCACUUACCGGAACAGCCAGAUAUGCCAGUAUUAAUACUCAUUUAGGAUAUGAAUAAAGUAGAAGAGAUGAUUUAGAAGGAUUAGCUUAUGUUCUUGUUUAUUUAGCUAAAGGUUCUUUGCCUUGGAUGAAUCUUGUUUGUAACAAUAAAAAUGACAAAUAUGUUUUAAUCAAAGAAAAAAAAAUUAAAACCACUACUGAACAACUUUGUUCUGGACUUCCUGAAGAAAUGACUUUAUACUUAAGCUAUGUUAAGAAACUUAAAUUUGAAGAUAAACCUGAUUACAAUUAUUUGAGGAAUCUAUUUAAAUAGGCAUUAUAAAGAUAAAAUUUAUCUUUAGAUUAUAUUUAUGAUUGGACUAAACCAGAAAAAAAAAGAAUUGAUAGUGAUCAAAUUGAUGCCAUCAAAAAACUUAAAGAUGAAAUUAAUAAUAAAGAUGCAGAUCCUAAAUUUAAACAAUUACCUCAAUAAUCUUAACAUUUACCUCCUAAAGCUUAAUCAAUUAUUGCACCUAAACCUUAACUUAUUAAUUCUCCUAAACCUAUCCCUAAACCUUAAUAAUAAUAAAUUCGACCUUAAUCUGCAUAAAAACCUGUUGUUCAAAAAAAACCAUUAUUAUAAACAUAAUAAAAUAAAAAACCACCAGUUGAACCUAGAGUUGCGGCACCCAGAAUUGUAAUUAAUAAAGAACCUUACACUAAAUAUUGA